UAAAGCUGUCAAAUGACGUCAUUAAUCUUCCCCGAUCGCCAUUUCGAAGCACGUUGAGGCUUCGACUGAACGUCACUUUUCUGCGAAGAAUCGUUGUUUUUUUUUUCCUCCGAAAUCCUUACAACUUAGGAUCUUAAAUACAACUGACAGCGCAGCCGCUAACAAUGCCUACAAAAAUAUUCGUUGGUAACGUGAACCCCACCACCAAAGCAGAACAAUUACGGGUUUUGUUCGAGAAAUAUGGCAAAGUCACCGAGUGUGACAUCAUAAGAAAUUAUGCUUUUGUGCACAUGGAAUAUGACUCUGAGGCAGUUCAGGCUAUCAGACAGCUGAAUGGAUACUCAGUCUGCAAUUCAAGAAUUCGAGUUGAGUUGUCACAUGGUAAAAAGACAGAAAAUGCUGACAAAAAACCAACAGAUAGAGCAUUUCCACCAAGAAAGCCUUUGGGUCAAGGAGGACUAUCCAAUUUUAACAGUCGUUUCACACCCGGCAGCUUUAACAACAACAACAACAACAACUGGUCAGACAACUAUGACCAAAGGCCACGGUUUCGUGACAACUUCCCAGAUUAUUAUGAAAGGGAUGGACGAAUGCCAUCUGUUCCAGACAGGUAUCCAGGUGGGCCGAUGUCCGACAGAAUGGGAUCCAUGCAAGACAGGUACCCUGCACAAGGACCACCAAGAGAUCGCAUGAUGCCUCCACAACACUCAGAAAGAUUUCCUUCCUCCCAGCCUGACAGAAUGAGACCCUCCAGUCCAUUUGAUAGGAGAGGAGCACCGCCGCCUCCUCAUGCCAUGAGAGACAACUACUAUAUGGACAGAGACCCUUACUACCGUGAGAGAAGUCCUCUUUCUCGGAUGCCUCCUGAUUAUUAUGAUAGAAAUAUGAAACGAGACUACCCACCUUCUCCAUAUCAGAAUAAUGAUAACAUGGGUGGUUUCAAGAGAGACACCCCGAUGGGUCGAGACAUGGGUAUGCGAUCGAUGGGCAUGGAUGCUCCAGUCCGAGACCAGAUGCCAUCUUCUCGUGGUGGAAUGGAACCAAUGAGGAGAGACAAUAUGGUUGGCAAUAGGGGUCCUGGUCCUAUGGGGGUCGGUCGAGAUUCCUACAGGCAAGGAGAUUCAAUGGACCAUCACAACAUGGGAAAUCGACAGAUGGGUUCAAUGAUGCGAGACCGUCAAGAGAUGGGUGGUGGAGGAGGUGGCAUGAACAACUCUGGCGGCUAUAACAGCUACAAUGGUCAGCAACAGGGUGGUGGUGGUGGCGGCGGCGGUGGUGGGGGAGGUGGUUACGGCAUGAACCAUUCUUACAACAACUUCAAUAAUGACCGAUCGAGAUCUGGUCCUGGUAUGGACAAUAACUACAGGGAGAACUACAGAGAUAACAACUAUAGAGAGAAUAAUUACAGGGAGAACAACUACCGAGACAACUACCAAGGAAUGGGGGGAGGAGGAGGAGGCGGGGUGGUGGUGGUAAUAUGGGGGGUGGUGGAGGUGGAAGACAGCAAAUGGGCUCGCAAAAAAAGGGUAACUUACCUGACCAAAGUUUUUUACAGACAGGUCCAAUAUUUUUUUAAAAUAUGAAUCCUUUCUCAGAUUAUAGAUACUACUAAUAAUGAUAAUAAUAGUGGUUCUUUGAAAAGUAAAAAAAGAAACAUCUUCACCUGGUAUUUUUGUUGGUGUUUAUAAAAAAAAACAAAGAAAAACAUAUUUUUAAGUAUCAAGAUUUCAUUGAGAUUAAUAUUGUUUCCCAAGUGUUAAAUACGAACAAAAUACUUUUAACUCCUCAUCCAAGUUUGUUCACUAUACAUAACAUACCAUCACAGACUGCAUCAGUCAGUUUCUUUUCCCAUCCCACCCCACAUUUUAUCCCCUACUUAGUAUAAUUCCCACACAUCUUUAACUGGAUUAUAUAUUAUACAAAUGAAAUAGAAACAAAAGAUUCCACACUUUGUUCUUUUCUUUUCAAAGUCUUGUCAAUUCACUCUUGUAGGAUAAGCUUUCUAUAGAUAUCUUCCAUUGUGUGUAUUUGGUGUUUCUUAAGGGCCCAGUGCUUUGAAUUGUCUUCACUGAAACCAUUUUUGAUCCUAUCUGAAUCCUAACCAUUGGAGGGCAGAUCUUCAUUUUCCAACUCCACUUUUCUCAUUUCAACUUUCAAUCAACAUCCACACUCUAAUUUCAUUUCUUUGGUAUUCCAACCUAUUUUCAUAAUUCAUUACUAAAUUUAUCGUCUUUUUUUUUUUUUUAACCUUGUUUUUCUUGAUACCUCAUAUGCUGGUUUCCUUUUAUUUCAGUUGAUUCUUUAGAAUUUUUGUGAUGUGCUCAAAUUAAAUAUGUUCUAAAUAAUUUAUUAGUGUGACAUAAUUUCAACAUCAUGUACCUAAUUGCUGCCUCAAUUCUGCGAAAGUUUCUGACUUCUGUCUCGAUUUAACAAAGGUAACUAGAAAACUGAUUUCAUGUGUUUCUCUGUUGAAAUUGUUUGUGAUAUUUUAAGGGUAUAGGUAUUAGUGAUUGCUUUAUUUGUCUUUAUUAUUUACAGUGUUAUUUUUAAUUCCCAUAAACUGUUAGGCCUAAACCCACACUGAUUUAAUUUUGAAUUUCAAAUGUGAUUAGAAGUUGUUGUUAGUUGAUGUCUCUUUUCAAAUCAUCUUUCAUACCUCAUAAAUCUGUUAGCUCAGUGCAGACUUUAGCUUUCUCCAUUGAGAAUGAAGAAUUAACCAUAAAAUAUGACACAUGCUUCCAUAUACUCACUGAUCAAUGUUUUGAUUGUCAUUUAAAUUUUAUUUCCAUUCCUUAGUUUUUUUCUUGUUUUAUUUUUUAAGACAAUGUCCCUUUUGCUUGUGAUUAUACCCAAUGAUUCACUUCCAGCAAAAUAAAAUCACCUUUCCCUAUUUGUCUUCCCCCUUCUUAUCAGUAUUAAGGUCUGCCGUUGUUUUCUAUUUUGCUUUGAAAUGUUUCUUGUGUAGAGAAAGAUAAAAGUCCUUUUAUAGGAUCUCUAUUCUGACAGUUCUAUUCUUAAUGUUCUCCGACUCUACCCGUGUGGAAACCUGCUCAAUGUACUGCCUGCAUUUCUUCAUUCCAUGUUUCCAAUGUCUAUCACUUAAAACAGAGCCAUUACAAACUUUCAAAAAAGGAAGAAAAAAAAAG